AUGAGUAGCGUUGUUAACAAAAGUGGAACAAGGUUUGCUCCAAAAAUUAGACAACGUAGAGCUCCUACUUUAAAACCAUCGAAAAUAACUACUGAGAGCAACCGUAAAGAUAAUAAUCCUGAUGACUUAUCCAAUAUCGAUAACACUUUAGUAGAAUCACAGGAAUCAAAGGUCAAUGAUGUUGUUACCAACUCUAUAGUAGACAUGGACUCUUCUACGCAAGUUUCUUCAACCCAACCACCAACACAACCACCAACACAACCACCAACGGCAUCACCAAAGGAAUUUAAUGAAAAUAAUAAUAAUAAUAUUAAUAAUAAUAAUAAUGAAAAUAAUAAUAAUAAUAAUAAUAAUAAUAAUAAUAAUAAUAAUAAUAAUACAGAAGCCAUCACCAGUGUUACCAAUUUGAUGCCCGAUGUUUCAUCGUUAGGAAGUACUGCUAAAAGGCGUGGCAGCGUGAGAUUAGAUUCCAUUUCUUGUAAAAGAAAACCAUCCAUUGCACUUUCUACAUCAACAGGUCAAGAUCAAAGAAGACUUGUGAGCUUAAAACAGAAAUCACACCUUGUAACUAAUAAUGAUAGAAAAUUAAAGGCGAUGAAAAGACGCAGAUUAAGUUCUAAUAGUUCCAAUGCCACAUCUUCCACCAAAGCUAUGAAAAUUAGACCUGCAAAUCGAAUUAGCGUGAUUAGUAGACCUAAAUCUAGGGAAUCCUCGCCAGAUGAUGUUAAUUUUGAUGCUGUUCCUGAUAAAAUGGAGAAGGAGGAUAAAGGUAAAUUAAACUAUGUUGUUUCCAAACUAGGUGAUAUACCCGACGGCUUAACUGAAGAAGAAAGCGUAAAAUAUGAAAUUGAUAUUAAUACUUUUACUAUGGCUGACCUAUGUAAGCCUGUUUUGCCUAUUGGCUUGAUUAGUGAGAAUUACCAUAUUUCAGUAGCUGCAGAAAAGAAGAAAUUGGAAGAGCGUAAAAAAAACAGGAAUUUAAGAAAACUAGCUAAAAAUGAAUUUAAACCAUUGAUGUUGCUAACUUAUGAGGAGGAUGAAAGAGAAUUAGAGGAACGUAAAAAGAAGCAGGAAAAGUUAGAAGCUGAAGAAUUAGAGGUUGCUCAACAUUACCAACCUCAACAGCAACAGCAAAAUACUUUACAGUUGCGAGUUAACCAAGAUGGUGAAAUCGCUGUUGAUGAAGAUUCCACACUCGUGGAUAGACACGCAAAUGCCAACUUGGUUAAUAUGCAUAAGGAAAGGCAAGAUGAAAACCCAUUUGAAAAUUUAUACAAUAGCGCUUCUUAUUCCAAAAGACAAAUAACAGAUGCUUGGACUGAAAAAGAAGAAUUAACAUUGUAUAAAGCUUUGUCUAUGUGGGGUACCGAUUUCAACUUGAUAGCUCAAAUGUUCCCAUAUAGAACAAGAAAACAAAUAAAGAGUAAGUUUUCCUUGGAAGAAAAGAGAAGCCCUGUGCUUAUAGAGCUAGUACUACGAAGAAAGAUACCGCCUGACUUUACAUCAUAUUGUGUAUCCAUUCGUAAAGAAUUCGAUACAAUAGAUGAAUUCAAUAAGAAAAUUGAAGAUAUGAGGAAGGCACACGAGGAACACAUGAAUCAAAUUCGUAUUUCAAAGGAGAGUGCUAGAAUAGAAGAUCAACAAAAAGAAAGUGGAGUUAUAUCAGAAAAACAUAUUGGCAAGUUUGAUUACGAUGGUGAUGAUUCUGAAAAAGUGAAAGAGGAUCAAGCGAAUAAGGCUUCUGGACCAACCAUGGGAGGCGGUAUUAUGACGAAUACUAUACCUGCUAUUGAUCGUAAGGUUGCUGGCGGUUUAAGACAAAAGGAGUUAAAAAAAUAUCGUAAAAAGGAAGUUAUUUUAGGAACCAUUGAUGGUAUAAAAAAAGAUAAAUAG